UAUAAAUUAAAAGCAUAAAAAUAAUUAUGACCAUAACUUUCUAUAUCUCUUAUAUAUUAAAAGAGGAGCAUUGGAGUUAAUGCUUUCACACCAAUUAGGACACGUGUCUAUUGGAGAGAGACUCUCACAAAUUAGUUUCCUUAUUUGAUUUUUCUAUUAGCGGAUUUCUUAAAGAGUUUCCUUACUCUAGAAAAAUAAGUAACCAACUCAUGAUUUGGAGUUCUCACGUAAAGCUAAUGCUACGGAUUUGUCUCUUCUUCAUUCUUACCCACCUUUUACUUCAACCGCACUGUUUUUAAUGAAAGGUUCGGAGUUCUACGUAUCCCCCGACUCAGGAAACGACGACCCAGUUACCCCAAGGCUCGGAACGUUUAGACACGUCGUGGUUCAAUGAAGAACUCAUCCUGAACACUUUGAAGAAGAGCACAAUCUGUAUCAUAUUUCAACGAGACAUGACCGUUCAUCUCAAAGAUGUACUCAUCACUUUCAAAACCAUAGACGGUUGUGCUCUGUCCGUGCACAUCGCUGGGGGGGGGGGUUUGCAUCACGAUCCACUACGUCACCCACAGAGUGAAAGAUGUACUCAUCACUUUCAAAACUAAAUAUAAUGCAACCAUUAUAACGAUACGCUUUAUAGUUCAUGCAACCAUUAUAACGAGACAUCACUUUCAAAGAUAUUAAAACAUAUUUAAUAUUAUAAUACAUAAUAGCCACAAAGGUCAACCCUGGUUAAAACCCACAAAGUGAAAUCCAGGAAAGGGUUAAAGAUUUUAAUUACAGACAAAGUUGGAAAGCCACAGAGGUCAACCAUGAAUGUCGUUUACAAAGAAGUUUUUCAGAAUUUAUUUGAAGAAAAAGACAUAUAAGUAAGUAUUUGCUGUGUUGCUUAUGGUAUUAUAUGUUCUUACGAGAAGUCUUAAAUUUUUUAUAUAUUGUCUAUGUUGCUUAUAAUAUUUUAUGUUUAAUUAACAGAGGUUGUGCGGCAAGUUUGUGCAAGAACAAGUGUUUUAACGUGGAAGGUAUGCCGAUUGCGUACUUUUAUAUAGUAAAUACUCAUGUUUUAAAGCAAACAGUUAAUAUAAGUAAUUGCAGGGACAAUUACCUAUCGACAACUCAAACACACACAAUUUGCAGGCAAACCAACUGAAGUUAUGCGCAUCAAAAUUAUAUGUACUCUUCAAGCUGCUAUGUAUACCAUUUAUACAACUACUUUUCAGUAAUUUCAAGAUUGCAGGAUCUCUGUGCAUGUUUUUAAGUAGACAUUUUUUCAUUCAACAAAGUUUAUUAGAGCGAAGUUUAUUAAAAAGUUUGGUUCCGUUCUAAACUUAUCUAUGUUGCCUUAUACGGACUAUUAUGCGUCUGAGAUUUUUAGUUUUUUUUUUUUUGACCAAUGUCGUCAUCUCAUUGCUUUAGUCGUAUUUCCUAAAAAUGUAAUCAUAAAAAUAACAUAGACGCACACAAAAAUCAAAUUUCAUAUAUUAUUCAAGUGUAUAUGAUAUAUACUGUUUUCCCAUCCUCACUUAUUUUUACGAUCGCAUUUAUAUAGUUUCAACCAAUGAAAAUUAUGGGAUCCUUAUGAUAUAUACUGUUUAUGUUAUAUCAUAAAAACAUGUAUAAUCACAGUUAGAAAAUUAAACUUAUGUUUCCUUCCCUCUGAUUUCUCUUAAAGCCAAUAUAAAGAGAAACAUUUUUCGCAAAGAGCCGAGUAUAUAAUGUUUUUUUUAUAUUUUGUUAGAAAGACUGUAAUUCGUUUGUUUCCGAAUUUAUAUAGGGGAUAUAUAGUGUUUCUAUAUAAAUAUUAAUGUUCAAUAUUCGCAAAAUGUUGAAUACGAAGUAAACUUUCACAUUUAGUUAUUUCCUUUCUCUCACAUGGUAUCAUAAGUUUAAUAAAAAUUACAGUUAUGGCAAAGAUCAUUAAAUUUAAUGUUUUAUAUAGAUUAUUUAGAAACAUAAUAUUCUUAGAUACCGAGUGAUUCUAAUUUUCUUAUCCUUGCGAACUUUAAUACAAUACUGAAAGGGUUGUCACAUCCAAUGUACUGUAUUGGUAUGUUAUGUAUAAGUUUGUUUCGUUUUUGAUUAGUUACUUAACUCGGCCGUGUAAGAUGGUUCAGCUAACAAUUUUCAUCUUAUUUCCAUUAUUUGUGUAGACCUUUGUGGAGCUAUGGUUGUUGUAGGGGAGUGCAACAACUUGAAGAACUAGGACCUGGCGAGAUAUUUUCUUAUCAGAAUACCAGGAUGGAGUUCACUUUGGUUAACACAGAGUUUGAACUUCUGACUUUACUCAUAUUUUGUUUUGAGAAACAGAUAUUAGUUUUCAUAUAUAUCAAUAUGCUAACUCACCAAAUGAAUUACAAGUUAAAACACUUAAAGUGUGUUGCCUAUGGAAAGGAAGCAGUGACUUUGAAUGAAUACAACCUUAACUCACGUGCUCCAGUGAAUGUCUGUGUUUUGAGAUCAUGGAGAAUCCAUUGGGGAGAAGGUUAGCUAUCUAAUAUUGCAUAUUUUGCAGAUUAAAAUAUCUUAUGUAUUUUAUACUUCUUAUUUAGGUGGUUUCAGAUAUAUCACUAACCUAGAAAGCUCUUCUCAAGUCUUAUUUGAUCAGGACAUGACAGAAAUACAAAACUUCAGAUCGAAGUAAGUAUCUUCUAAAUUAAUACUUGCAUGUGUUUCUUGGUUGGCGAUAAGAAAAUAGAGUGCCCUAAUUUGUAUCUUCUUCUGCUUCUAUGGUCACAGAAUUCCUAUGCCGGCAAAUUGAAAUUAAUGUUGGAGUGUCUAUUAAAUUGAAGAUUUUUUCGUUUAAUUAGUAUUCUAUUUACAUUUAUAUUUUUGUUUUGGCUUUCAACAUCUUACUUAAGAACUAUUAUGAUAAAUUUUAUAAUUAUGCAUCUUAAUAAUAAAUGAGCUUUUUAGUUAUAAGAGAGUUCUUCUAUUGUUUAAAUAUGCUUUUACCAUUCUUGAAACUUUCCUCCGUUGUUAUAAAGUCCUACUUCAUCAAUUAUAUAUUGCAAAUACAUACUCUAUUUUUGAUUUCAAACAUUAAAUCACCGAGUGAAAUACCCCGCGCAGGGCGCGGGUUAUCACCUAGUAAAACAUUAUAAUACAAACACUAAACCAUGAACAGCCAAAAAUGUCUCAUUACAAAGUUACAUUACAACGCAUUUGUUCUGUCCUUAGCUUCGGACUAAUAUAUUUUAGUGGUACGCACGUCCUAGGAACUCUUUUGUUGUUUUGUUCUCUUGCACGUAUGUUUUUAUGCGGACAAUAAUAAUAGUCAAGAUCAAUGUAUGGUUGUUACAAUCAAGAUUCUUAGAAGAAAAGAUGCCUAGAUCGCUAAAGAAAUCAGUAAAGUUGAGUUUAAAACAUGUAAGGAUCCGUUCAUCAACAUCCAGUUUCAAACCUGGUUCUCGUUCCAUAGAGAGGGACCAAAGAAUCGAGUUUCUUGGAAGAGAAAAUGGCGUUAGAGAAGAGGAAAACGAUGGUGACAGUAGUAGCGAGUAUGAAGAAUUUGAAGAGGAGGAAGGUGUAGAAGGAGAAGGAGAAAUAGAAAUAGAAGAAGAGGAACAAGAUGAUGAUGGAAAAAGCGUUGUAAGCGGUGGCAAAACUGAACGUGAAGAAGAGAUAAUAGAAGUGGAAGCGGUGGAAGCAGCAAAGGAGGAGAUCACUGAGGCAGGGAAUAGAGUGAUGGUGGUGGUGGAUAAAGUGGUUGCUUCAACUGGUGCUCUUGAAUGGGCUUUGAAGCACACACUACAAUCACAUGACUAUCUUUUCCUCUUAUAUUUCUCCAAACCCUUUAGAAAAGGCAAGAAGAAGAAUCGGAAACGUGAAGUAAAGACCGAUGAACUCGUCCACACUUUAAAGAAACUCUGCCAAACAAAGCGACCAGGGAUAGAGGUAGAGAUAAGGAGACUAGAAGGAAAAGAGAAAGAGAAAGGAGAGAAGAUAGUGGCAGAAGCUAAAGAACAACAAGUGACUCUCUUAGUGGUUGGAGAAGAGAAGAAACCGCCGGUUUGGAGACUAGUGAAGCGUUGGGGAUGGAAGAAACGACGUAGCCGAGCUGGAGUUCUCAAGUAUUGCUUAGAGAAGGCUUCAUGUAUGACCAUUGCUGUUAAACCAAAGAACCGUAAGCUUGGUGGUUACUUGAUCACUACCAAACGUCACAAGAACUUUUGGCUUUUGGCUUGAUUCACCUUAAGCCACUUUAGGCUGUUUUUUUUCCCGUCUUUGCCAUAUUGUUAUAUUCUUUUUUGGUUUAUACAGUUUUGUCUUGUUCUGUUAACAGAGCUUUUUUUUAACCAAGUAGCAAGAUGGAUUAGUAG